UACAGCAGAACUGUCAAACUAACUACAAGUUAGCCAGCCCUGGACUAUUAUGUUAGUUAGUAUAGCUGAAUACAAUUUUUUUUAGAGAGCAAAGGGUGCGUUUGAGUCAGUAGUAGAGUUUUAGAAAGUUAGACGAAACUUAGAUAAUGUUAGUUAGAUUGACAGACAGCUUGUCAUUUUAGCUUAGCAAUGACAGGGAUGUGUUUAUAUUCUGCCCUCGUGUCAACCAUGGGCUUUAACUGUUUACUAACACAGGUGAAUGCUUCAGAUUUAAAGACCACUACCGGGUAAUUGUUAGUUUUGUAAGGUUUGUUUAUUUGGGCAGAAAGCUAACAGCAGAUUAAGUUUAGCCUGCUAGCACCACCCAGAUAACCACGAAUCUUCUGUGGGAAUUAUGAUGAGCUCCUGUAAUGUUUAUGCAAGUCGCAAACGGAGGAAACCUGCUCAGAAAAGUGAAAAGAAGUCUCCUCCUGAAUGCAUCAAAUCGAAUCCAUCCAAACGACAUCGGGACCGGCUGAAUGGAGAGUUAGACAGGUUGGCCAGCCAGCUCCCCUUCCCACAAGAGGUCAUAUCCAAGAUGGACAAACUCACCAUACUGAGGCUAAGUGUGAGCUACCUGAGGGCCAAAAGUCACUUCAAUGUGACCCUGAACUCAAAGAACUCCAGCCAACUAGCAAAUAACACUAAACCACAAAUUCAGGAGCUUCCAGAGGGAGAACUUUUACUACAGCUUAUAAAUGGCUUUGUGUUGGUGGUAACCUCCAGUGGCACAAUCUUCUAUGCUUCCUCCACCAUUAAGGACUACUUGGGGUACCAUCAGUCGGAUCUCAUCCAUCAGUGUGUGUACGAGCUCAUUCACACUGAAGACCGGGUUAAGUUUCAGAAGCAGCUCCACUGGGCGCUCAACCCCAGCUGCACUCUAGACGCCGUACAGAUAGUGCAAGAUUCCCAUGAUUCACCACUGCUUCAGACACACUACAGUCCAGAGGAGUUGCCGCCAGAGAACUCCACCUUUCUGGAACGAAGUUUUGUUUGCCGGUUAAGAUGUCUCUUGGACAACUCAUCUGGCUUUCUUGCCAUGAACUUUCAGGGGCGUUUGAAGUUCCUGCAUGGGCAGAAUGAGAGGACAGCAGAUGGCAAACCCAUCCCUCCUCAGCUGGCCCUGUUUGCCCUGGUCAGCCCUCUGCAGCCGCCUUACAUACUGGAGAUCCACACCAAGAGCUUCAUGUUUAAAACCAAGCAUAAACUGGAUUUCACGCCCACCGCAUGUGACCCAAAAGGAAAGAUUGUUCUGGGCUACACAGAGGCAGAACUGUUUUACCGCGGCUCAGGCUAUCAGUUCAUCCAUGCAGCAGACAUGCUGUAUUGUGCCGAGAACCACAUGCGGGCGAUCAGGACGGGUGAAAGCGGGUUAACUGUUUUCAGACUGUUGACUAAACAGAACCUCUGGAUUUGGGUACAGUCCAACGCUAGACUUGUCUACAAAAACGGGCAACCAGAUUACAUCAUUGCCUCUCAGAGAGUCAUCACGGAUGAGGAGGGCGAGGAGAACCUGAGAAAGCGUGCUAUGAUGCUUCCCUUCAGCUUUACUACUGGAGAGGCUGUUCUCUAUGACAUGAACCUGCCCAGAUCUCUGGGUAACACCACACCUUCUGAUCCCACUGCUCAAGACAACAAUAACCAACUCGGAACCACUGGAACUGUAGACCCUGACUCCCUGCUGGGCUCCAUGCUGAAGCAGGACGAGUCAAUAUAUGUGUGUUCUGCAGAUAAGCGCUCAGUGUCGGUACAGGGAUUAGGGAAUGAGGAUCUUGGUGGGAUCUUUUCCAGUAACUGGCAAGAAAAUGUUCUUUCACUCUCUGAAAGCUCUGUGUUCAAACAAGAACCAAUCGUUGGCUCUGGAGGAGAUGACAACUGUGAGAUACUGGACUUCAUGCAGAGUUUAGGUAUCAGCCCAGAAGAUCUGAAGUCCCUACAACAAGACGAACUGUUCCUCAGGAUUGACCUUGAUGGUCGAAAUGACGUGGCAGACCUCACAGAUGGCAUCUUGUCCUAUGUGCAACAGUCUCUCGGGACGAAGACGGACAGUAUAGGUGAUGUCCAGGACGAUGUGAAGGAGAAGUGUCUUGUCGGGAAGCCUACUCAGACCUUCACACCUCCACAGCAAGCUCCUGUGUUAAUCCCAGAAGAUUCAUGUGAUCCUCUCACAUUAGUUCCUCAGGAACAACAGAAGACACAACACUUCACACGGAUACAACCUCAAACGGAACUGAAGGCUGCUGCAGAUCUCCAAAACAAUCCUCAAGGACAGCAACACUCAAUGUCUCACUUAAACAAAGAGACUGGAAUCUCACAAUGCAAACUUUCACACAUUGCAAUCCAAAAACACCAGGUUCAGACGACGAGUCAACAGUCACAGUGCUCACACCUUCCACCGCUGGAUCAGCAGGUGUGUAAAACACUCAAAAAUGCUCAGGUUUGUGGGAACCUCACUGAAGUUCAAGCCAGUGACACACAGCAGGUUCCUCCCCUCCUCCAGCCAGAGCUCCAGCAGCCUGGAUGCUUUUACCUGGAGACACCUCAUGUGGAUCUGAAACACCCUUACAGAAACCAUCUAAGCACUGUGUCAAUCAGCUACUCCCAGCAGCUCUCUUCACCUUAUAUCACUGCUGGUGACGCAGGCUUAAGCGAGUUCACGGCUCAGGAUAUCGAGGAGCUGCUCAAUGGCCUAGAUGGUGAUAUGGAGAGGAAGAGGUACUCAGGACAGCACGAAGGACUAGGUUUCCGACCAAGCCUGGAUCAACAAGCUUACAUAGGCCAGUUUCAGAAUGGAGGCCACACAAACUAUACAAUGGAGAGUAACACGGCACAUCUCGCACAACAUUUCGGCCAGCGGCAGAACUAGAACAGACCCCAUCCAAACCUGUCUUUUGGAGGAUACUUGCUUACAAUCAUGAAAAAUAAUAAUAAUAAAAAAGGUG